AAUCUUUUAUCUAUAUUUGUCAUCAUAAGAGGAGGGGGCCAUUAUAUCACAAACCCCACACCACUUGCAUUGCAUCCAUCCAAACCUUUGCCUAAUUAUUAUUCCUCUUCAUAAUGCACUUCCCUCUUUCCAUUUUAUGCACCACCCAAACCUUAUUCUUCAUUCCAUUAUAAUCUCUCUCUCUCUCUCAUCUUUCCCCUUUCUAUUCUUGUGAAAAAAUCAAAGCUAUGACCCAAACAUGUCACAAACACCCCAAGGUUCUAACUACCCUUCAACUCUUUUUAUUGUUAUUGUUCCUGCAACUUCUCUUCCUCCUCCACUCUUGUGUGGGUCAUGAAGCUUGUGCGAAAAAUGUGGUAGGAGUGGCGGCGGGGAAACGGCUAGUGCCGAUGAAGACGGAACGGGAGUUCAGAGCGGGUGUGGAUUUAAUGACAGGCGGAGGCGGCGGGAGGCGGAGGUUGGAUCCGUUUCAGCUGUGUUCGGAGUGCAAGUGUUGUGAGGCACCGGAAGACACGGGCAACUGCACUACGACGUCGUGCUGCUUCGGCAUAGAUUGCCAGCUUCCAAACAAGCCCUUCGGGGUCUGUGCUUUUGUCCCCCAGUCUUGCAACUGCACUUCCUGCAAUGUUAUUUAGCAAGCUAUAGGCCACCAUAUAUUCAUGCACACAUACAUAGCACAUCCAUGUUUAAUCAAUUCACUCUCUUGAGAGUGCAUAUAUGAUAUUAUGGGGAAUUCAGCAUAUGUAUAUUUUUACAUAGGCUCCUUCCGUUUGGUACACGGAAUUCAAACUAUGGAAUUUGUGUUAAGGACAACAAAUCCAAUUUAGGUGUUUGGUAGCAAAAAAUGUGGAUUUGUAGUGCCAAAAAUGAUCUGAAAUUGUUGGAGAAUUCAAUUACAUCCAAAUCAAUUCCAUAAAAUUUCAACUCCCAAUUAUAUUCCAAUUUUUCCAAUUCCGUAUACCAAACGGACCCUUAUUGUUAUUAUAGGAUCUGGGUUAGGGGUAAGAACCACUUUGGACCCUAACGAAACAUAGUAUGUAUGAGUCGGUGUCAUUAUUAUGACAUCCAAAGUUAGUGUCAAAGAAGUCGAUCGCAUGGUAUAAAAAAGGGUUAAUUGCUUUCUUUGGUAGCACGUUUAACACUCUAGCUGUGAACCGUCAACUAGUGACGAUUCCCAAGAAAACUACCCUGAAGUUUAGAUCGGGAAGUCGAGCCAAUCAAUUUGGUUCUGAUUAGAAUUUAAUUAGUUUGAGUCGAUUUUUAAUACUAUGUACGGAGUAUAUGUUAUAACCAGUUCUUUUAGAUAUAAUC